AUGGCUUCUCAUCUAAAAGAAAAGGGAAGAGCAGAGAUCAAAAGACACAAAUCAGCAAAAUAUCCUGACAUGGAGAAGGUUGGUUAUGAGUGGUUUCUCCAGCAUCAAGAACGUGUGAAUAUCACAGGAGAAUUAAUUUUGCAGAAGACAAGAGAUACAAUGAAACUCGUGUACCCUUAUGAUGAUUCAGAUUUUAACUUCUCUAUAGGAUGGCUUGGGAAAUUCAAGCACCGACAUGGCAUAAAGUCAUUUCGUCGUUUUGGCGAGAGUGGGUCUGUUGAUGUACAAGACAUGGAGCAGAAAUUGGUAUAUGAUUCGGGAGAAAAUUGA